AUGCCAGGAGCUCACGGCUCGUCUCUCGCACUCCCAGUCGUCAACUUUCGCGUCGUCGACACGAGCACCCCCGCUCCGCCCGAUGUUCACAACCCCCAGCUCGUCGCGUUCGGGUACAAUGACGGCCAGGAAUGGGAUGCGUACAAGGGCAUAGCGGAUGGCGAGCCGGGGCGGUACCUGCGGUGGCUGCAACCUAUGGAGUCGGACCUGGCGAAGCAGGUUGAGUAUGACAUGGACGAGCAAGACCAACUCUGGCUCGACACGCUCAACGCGGAGCGGAAGAAGGACGGUCUUGCCACCAUCCCGUACGAGCUCUUUGAGAUUGUCAUGGACAAGAUUGAGAAGGAGUGGUUCGACCUGACUCGCAAUAUCCCGAAGCGGACGAAUGCCUUGCCGAGCGAAGACAGCAAAUGUGCCAUUUGCGACGACGGCGAGUGCGAGAACUCGAAUGCGAUCGUCUUCUGCGACGGAUGCAACUUGGCGGUCCACCAAGAUUGCUACGGCGUUCCGUACAUCCCGGAAGGACAGUGGCUCUGCCGCAAAUGCACCGUCUCGCCCGACAAGCCAGUCACCUGCGUGCUUUGCCCCAACUCGUACGGCGCCUUCAAACAAACGACAACGGGCCAGUGGGCACACUUGCUCUGCGCGAUCUGGGUUCCCGAAACAGGCGUCAGCAACACGGUGUAUAUGGAGCCGGUCGACGGUCUCGAGAACAUCCCCAAGAGUCGAUGGAAGCUGGUCUGCUAUUUGUGCAAGAAACGCGUCGGCGCCUGCAUCCAGUGCGCCAACCGGCAGUGCUACACCGCUUUUCACCCGACCUGCGCGCGCGAGUACGGCCUCGAGCUGAAGAUGAAGCAGGGAUCGGCGGCAGGCGGCGACUUGCGAGCGUACUGCGACAAGCAUGGCGAGACGACCGCUUCUCGCGACGGCUCUCCCUUCCCCAUCCUCUCGAAGAACCGCAAGUCGAACCUCAACCCGGCUGCAUCCACUUCACUCCUCAAGAUCACGCUCAAGCUCCCGCACAAGCAAACGUCCAAGUCCGCCCGCGCCUACAAGACAAGCUUCAACUCUGGUCCGCCCGUCGUCCCCGCCAAGAUCUUCGACCGCAUCAUGCAGUAUAUCGCCAAGAUCAAGAUGGCGGGGAAGAAGGAGGUCGUCAACGUGAUCUGCCGGUACUGGAGCUUGAAGCGGGAGGCGAGGAGGGGAGCGCCGCUGCUCAAGCGUAUCCACCUCGAGCCCUGGACUGCAUCGGCCACCUCGCACCAGCAGUCCGAGCAAGACAAGGCUCGCAAGCUCGAGCUCAUCCGCCUGCUCCGCAACGACCUCGAAAAGGUCAGGAUGCUCACUGAGCAAGUCCGCAAGCGCGAGAAGAAGAAGCUCGAGCGGGCGCAGCACAUCAAGCGGACGAUCGAGACGUUCGUCUUUCCGAAGGAGAAGGCAAUGAAGGAUGCCCUCAACGAGCUGAAGAAACUCGACAAGCAGCAGUACUUCGCCAAGCCUGUCGACCGCGAACAGGUCCCCGACUACCACGAGGUGAUCAAGUGCCCGAUGGACUGGGCGACGAUGACUGGCAAGCUCGAUCGUCACGAGUACCCGACCGCGCUCGACUUCUCCGGCGACGUCCGACUCGUCAUCAACAACGCCCGCCGGUACAACAAGUCCUCUUCGAACGUCCACAAAUCCGCCGUCAAGCUGCUCGAAACCGCCGAACCGCUGCUCGCAUCCCUCGAAACGCUCGACGAACCCCUCUCGACGCCGAAUAUCACGAGCCACUACCUCGCCGAGAUCUUGACACCUGACGCGGUGCAGCAGUUGUUUGCUUUCGCCUAUGACACGAACGAUCCGGAUGGGAAGAAGAAGAAGGCUGAGGAGGAGAGGGUUAAGCGUGAGGUGGAGGAGAAGGAGAGGGCGGAGAAGGCGGCGAGGGAGAAGGCUGACAAGGAGGCACGCGAGAAGGAGGAGCGUGAGAAGAAGCCCAAGAGCAAGAAGGCGAAGGGGAAGGAGCGGGCGAGGGAUGUCGACGAGGAAGAGGAGAAGGCGGAAGUUGCGGACGACGAGGUCGACGCGAUGGAUAUCGAUGAGGACCAGCCCACCGAGACCAAGGCGGACAAGAGGAAGCGGUUGGCUAAGGCCCGCAGGGAGUCUCAAGCGGCGCUGAAGGACCGGAAGGCAGCGAAGGAGGCUGCAACGCCUGCUCCCGCCGCCAGGACGACGAGGAGCGGAGCGACGCCUUCUACUGCUGCCGCCACGCCCAAUCCUAGUCGCACACGCUUGCAAGCGGCGUCUGCGCCCUCGACCGCUCGGAAGGAGGAUGCGAAGGUCAAGCUCCAGGCGACGAGCAAGGGUAAGGGUAAGAGCAAGGCGACCGAGCCCGCCACGCCUGCGCCCCCUCCUGCGACCCUGCCCUCCGCUGUGGCACCAGACUCUGUCGACGGUCUGAGCGUGCACGACAUUGACGGGCGCGGCUCGUUCAGGAUGUUCGAUUCCGGCUGGGUCUUGCCGGAAGGGACGAAGCGAGGAGGUGCGCGCGGCGGAGUCGUCGUCCAGGAAACGCCAGCUCCCGCUCCGACUGCUCCUCCGCCCGCAUCCGCAUCGAAAAAGCGGCAGACCGCCAAGACGCCUGUCGCGAAUGUCGAAGGCCCUCAGGCCGGACCCCCGAGCAAGCGCGCGCGGGAGGAAGGCGAUGCGGUGCCUCCCGCCAAGAAGGCGAAGGUCGAUCCUGCGCCUUCUCCGAAGAAGCCUGCGGUUUCGAAGCUUGCGGACGGCGAGUUGAGGGAGUGGGAGCGGCGGUUUGCGGAAUUGGGUGCGGCGCCCGAGGUCAAGGUGACGGAUGAGACGGUACUCGAGGACGGCACCCUCGUCUGGGCGCGGCAGAUCGGCUAUCCUUGGUACCCCGCCGAAGUCGCGGACCUCAAGGCCGCCGACACGCCCAAAUGGCUCAAGGACAGCGCGCCGGCUGGGCGCUCGAACAAGGCGGUCGCCGUCAUGUUCUUCGAUGACAAGCGUUCCGGCGCCUGGAUCGACCGCCCUCACGUCCGCUUGCUCGGCGAGUCGCACGACUUUGACCAGCUCUUCCUCUUCCCCUCAGCCAUCCGCGCAACGCGCAAGAAGGACGCGCCGAAGGGCAAGUCGAUUGCGUCGACUCUCGAGGAGAUUAAAGAGGCGUACGAGCAUGCGACGUCGCUUGCCGAGACUGCGGAAGAGGCGGCAGCAGUGGCCCCGAACACGCCGACCUCGUCGAAGGGACAGAGGAAGCGCGUGCGGAGGAAACUGUCGAAGGCUGGCAAGCACUGA